AUGUUAGCAAUAUGUUGCAACAAAUUGCAUGUUGCAAAUAGAUUAGCAAUAUGUUGCAACAGAAGAGGUGAAGGUGAUGGUUGUUGUGGCAGCGACAGUGGAGGAGAAGGAGGUGGAACAAUUAGUGGUGGAGGAGAAAGUGGUGGUCGUGGAAGACGAAGAGAUGGUGGUGAUGGAGUAAGAAGAGGAAGAAUUUGUAGAGAUGGUGGUUUUUAUGUCGGCAACAAUGAAAGAGAAGGAGAUGGCAACGGUGGUGGUGGAGGAGGAAGUGGUGGUGGUAGAAGACAAGAAGGUGGUGUUAAUAGAGGAAGAAGAGGAGAAAUUGAUGAUAGUAAAGGUGGUGGCAACGGCUGUGACGGAGGCAGAAGGGAAAUAAUAGUGGCAGCAGAAGGGUAG